GCGGCGCUUUCUCGUAGGACCCGGCUUGAAACAAGAUGGCGGGCUCGUGGUGAGAAGCUGUGAAGGAGUAGAAAUUAGUAUGCCUAGAAGCAGAUUUUAAAAGCAGUUUCUCUUCAGAACAUCUUUUUUCAUACCACUUGAUAAGCAUCUUGAAACACCAUGGCUGUAGCUGCAAUAAAAUGGGUGAUGUCAAAGAAAACUAUCUUGAAACGUUUAUUUCCAAUCCAAAACGGAGCUUUAUAUUGUGUUUGUCAUAAAUCUACAUAUUCUCCUCUACCAGAUGACUAUAAUUGCAAAGUAGAGCUUGCUCUGACUUCUGAUGGCAGGACAAUAGUAUGCUACCACCCUUCUGUGGACAUUCCAUAUGAACACACAAAACCUAUCCCUCGGCCAGAUCCUGUGCAUAAUAAUGAAGAAACACAUGAUCAAAUCCUGAAAAACAGAUUGGAAGAAAAAGUUGAACCCCUUGAGCAAGGACCUAUGAUAGAACAACUUAGCAAAACGUUCUUUACUACUAAGCACCGCUGGUAUCCUUACGGACGGUAUCACAGAUGUCGUAAGAAUCCAAAUCCUCCAAAAGACAGAUGAUGCUGAGGUUCCUGGGAGAAUCAAAGAGAAAUGUGCCUCAUUUGCAAUUUGAAAAAAUGCCAUCUGGUGUAUUCACUAAUAUGUAGUAAAGUAAUAAUGAUAAAAUACCUUUUCAUAUAUUAGAAUGUAUACUUUUAUAUAUGUCAAAUAAUUCUGGAUUUGACAUUCUCAUUUAGAGAAACGUAUCACAUUUUCUUUUUCUUUUUCAAUUUUAGUCUUUCAUUUAUGUAUGGUCUCCAAUUUAGGACUUUUCCAUAGUGCCAAAGCCAUGCAUAUUCAGUAGAACAUCAAUAGGUUAUAUCAGAACACUUUAUUAUAAAAUAGGCUUUGUGUUAGUUGAUUUUGCUCAACUGUAGGGUAAUGUAAGUGUUCUGAGCAUAUUUAAGGUAGGCUAGCAUUUUGAAUUUAUGAUAUUUUUAAUUUACAGUGGGUUUAUUGGGAUGUAAUUCUACCAUAAGUUGAGAAACAUCUGUUUUUGUGUGUCUAGUAUGAUUUAAGUAUUUUUGCAUCAUUAGCCAAACAUUGUUAGUAGUAUAAAUCUGAUUAAUAAAAAGGUACAUGGCUUUCCUGAGGGAGAUUUUUAAAUUGGCUUUGAGAAUAAACUCGUAAGGUCUACCAAGAAAAUAAAUGUUAUAAUGUUUCAGUUGGCUUCUAGGAAAUAAUUAAAUUACUGAUAUUUUGAUCAGGUUUUACUGGCUACUAGGCCCCUUCCAUCCAUUCUUGUUAAAUUCUCAAAAUAAUCCUUUGAAGAAGGGACGUAAUUGCAUUUUACAGUGACUCGAACCCUACCAAACAAGUGAGAGAGCCAGGAGCCAAAUUGUCAGGCUUCAAAGCUUUUUUUCAGUGCAUCACAAUGACAAAGGGGUGGUUUUCUUUCACCCAAGAAUGUGCUUUCCUAGAGAUUUUUCUAGAGAGAGUAUUAUGUAAUUGGUUUUGAGGGUUUUUUUCCUGGCUGUCUUAAAGAUUAUGCUAGCUUCAGAACACAUGCAAACAGCUGCAGCUCUGUGUUAAAAUGUUAGUGCCACUAGACUAAUGUUAUCAGAAUGUUAAUAGAUAACUCUGCUGCCACUACUAGUUACAUAUGAUCCUUAAUAGCAUUGCUUCCCCUUCACCUCUAUUAAGGAGGUGAAGAAUCUUUUAAUAAGGUAGAAAGUUGCUUUAUUUAAACUUAUGCUGUAAAAUGUUUGUGAUACAGUAAAAUUGAUGUGAAAAAUAAUUUCUCAUUCAAAGUCCGUUGUUUGAUCUAGUUCUUUUAGUAAAGGAACUAUAGUUGAAGUUUUAAGUAGCCAGUGAAGUAGGAGAGAGUAAAGGAAAUAAUUAAUAAUGGUGACCUUCUGUUACCCAAAAGAAAUACUUUUAAGUGGCUUACUUUUUCCAUUAAUAUAAAUUUCAUUUGGAAAGAUUAAAAAAAUAAGUUUGAUUGAAUUUAAUAAAUCAGAAAUAUUUA